UGGCGGGAUAUGCGCGGAAUCUGGACUUAAGCCCACCGAUGAACUUUCGGAGCAUAAAAGCGGAAGGAAAUCCUGGUAGCUUCGAGAGUGACUUUGCUUAUUUCUAUUCCUAAAAGUUUGACACCACAAUCAAGCCAAGGAAAAUGUGUGGACUGACGGCUUUCUUGGCUCUGAAUGAAGUUGACACUGACCAAAGCAUCUCUGCUUCCUCCCAAGCGCUAGCGUCCCAGAUAAAUGACAGUUUAGACUUGGUCAAGCAUAGAGGUCCCGAUGCGCGGGGGCAGUGGAUAAGCCUCGAUACUCGUGUGGGGCUUGGUCAUGUACGCCUUUCGAUUAUCGAUCUUAGCCCAGCCGGCAACCAGCCAUUCCACGAUAAGGAUAACCACAUUCAAGCUGUUGUGAAUGGAGAGCUUUAUGACUAUGAGCGGAUUCGGAAUGAGCUCGCCGAUGAGUAUGAGUUCGUCAGCAAGAGCGAUAGUGAAAUUGUCAUUGCGCUUUACCGCCGUUAUGGACUUUCCUUUCUCUCCCGUUUGAGGGGAGAGUUUGCUUUGGUACUCUGGGACGUGAAACAAGAGCGAUUUAUAGCUGCGCGAGACAGAUAUGGCAUCAAGUCGCUCUACUAUACGGUGAUCAAUGGAAGGCUUCAUGUCGCAACUGAAAUGAAGUCUUUUUUGCCGUUCGGAUGGACCCCAGAAUGGGACGUUGCUAAUCUCAGAGGAAUGGGGUGGGUUUACGGAGCGAAUAUGUUCUUCAAGCACGUGCACCGCAUUGAACCUGGUCAAAUGCUCGUGAGUGACCAUUUCCAACCUGCGCAGCUUACGACCUACUGGGAUUUGGAUUAUCCAGACAAGAAACUGGCUUAUCCGGGCACAGAGGCUGAGGUAAUUGCACGAGUGCGAGAGUUGCUGCUCGAGUCAGUGCGGCUUCGGCUUCGUGCUGAUGUGGGUGUUGGUGUUUUCCUAAGCGGAGGGCUCGAUUCUUCAGCAGUUGCAGGCAUGACAGCACACUUGAUGAGGCAGGGAACAAAUCUUGGAAAUGAAACAACCAGCGACACCUCAAAGUUGAGCUGUUUCACGGUCCAAUUCGAGAAGGAUUCUGGGAUCGACGAGUCUGAGAUUGCCCGACGGACUGCAGAGUGGCUUGGUGUCGACUUCCACGCAGUAUUGCUGGAUGAAGAGACCAUUGCGUCUAGGCUGGAGGACACAAUUUGGUACACGGAGACUCCAUUCCCCGAUGUGGAUGGGAUGGGUCGAUUAGCCAUUGCAGAAGCUGCUCGCGCCGCUGGAAAGAAGGUUGUGCUCACAGGUGAAGGGUCAGAUGAACACUUCGCAGGAUAUGCUGACCUGAUGUGGAGCUAUCUGAGUGAGCCAGAUCAUUCAUGGCCCGCGUCUUCAGCUAUCCAUGAGAAAAGAGAAGAAAUAGAGACUGCCAUCAACCGAGUGAUGGCACAGGCAGUUUCAAGAGUAAGAGUGACCAGUAAGUCUGACGCUGUGCACAGUCCCAGUCACGCCUCUCUAUUUGCCAGGAUAGCUUGGUUCGGAAGACUACCUUUUCAAUCAUGGACGGAACAAAACACCCACGGUGACCCAGAAUCGUCUUUCUUCCAAAGCUUUGGUAGGAAGAUCGUCGAUAAUAUGGAACAGAGAUGGCAUCCGCUCAAUUCAUCACAAUACCAGUUCACUAAGUCAGUCCUGGCAAACUGCAUUCUUCGAUAUAUCGGCGACAACAUAGACAUGGUAUAUCAGAUUGAGACGCGACCUCCAUUUCUAGACCAUCACCUCACAGAAUACGUGAAUACUAUCCCGCCAAGUCUAAAAAUAAGAUAUGACCCAGAGAGGAGGAUCUUCCGCGAGAAGCAUGUCCUUCGCGAAGCCAUGAGACCUUUUAUCACCCAUGAAGUCGCGAAUCGCGUGAAGCAACCUUAUCUCGCUCCGACCAGAUACAAGGAGAACGGACCUGUGUAUCAUACCUUGAGGCGGUUACUCACAAAGAGCAAUAUUCAGAACCUGGGUUUCAUUGAUUGGAACCAGGUCCAGGAGACCUUCAAGAGAGCUUUUAGUGACGACGACCCUAGUGCCUUCAGAAGUACACUAAGUGUCGCCCAGCUUGUGGUGCUGGCCCAGAGGUUUGGGGUGAAGCCGGCAAGCCCGGUCUGGUCUGUUGUAGAAUCUCCUUUUGAUGAUAUGUGAAGUCCAUAUUGCAAACACUCUUG